AUGGAGGAAAAUGUCUGUGAAGAAGCUCAAGACAAUGUUUUUGAGUUCAAAGUUAACUGUUUGACAGACGGACACCUAAAGACGAUUUCUAUGAUUAUUUUGAUAAUUGUCUCAAUAAUGGAUAGUUGUUCAGAAAAUAGCUAUUUUACUUAUUUUUCACAAACUCUAUUGGGAUAUAUUGGCACGUGGCUUUCAUUCUCACUUAUUUUGUUUUUCUACAUCUUAGGAAGAAGUUUCUAUUUCAAAACUCCGUUUAAAUUUCGUUAUGUAUUAAUUUCAACUCUAAUUAAAUAUAUGCCUAUAUUUUUUACAGUCUUGCUUGUGGUGGUACCUAUUUCUUUUUAUCUAAUGCCUGAUUUUCCAGGUUGUUUACUUAUUGAUUAUGAGCUUGAUGAUAAUAUUGGGUUUUUCUCAUUCUAUAAAUUAUACCUUGGGUUCAUAAGAGUAACUACAGUUCGAAAUUUUGUGAGAUCAAAACUGUUAAAUAAGGUUCUGUUUUGGUUUGCUAUUCCAAUAAUUAAGAUAACUCUCUUUCCAUUCAUUAUCUCCAUUUUAUGUUCUUCACACAAAAUUAAAAUGAUGAAUCACGAUGUACGAACUGAAGUUGAUGAACUGUGUUAUAGUGAAAGUUGUGUUCAAAACAGGUUGUGUUAUAAUAAUGUGGAACUUGAAUCUAAUGGAAUGGUUCGAAAAGAAAGUUAUAUAAAGGAGUUGUAUCAAGAUCUCGAUCAACAUAACUCCAUUUCAAUUAGAUUCAGGUUCUUUACUCUUUUAUUCACCUUCGUGUUAUUCACUCUUGCUCAUUCCUUCAUUAUGGUUUCAAAUUUAGGAAGAGCAUUCCAAAUCACAUACCCACUCAAACUUUGUUGGGUAUAUAUAUUCUGUCUAUCUCUAUUUGGGGUGUUGGAUAUCCUUACAUCUCUAAUGAACAACUACAAAUUCGCAUUGACUUUUCACUGUAUUAUUGGUUUCUUUCUUUUUGCCACCCCAUGCUUAUUUACUUAUGAUAUGGAUAAUCUUAUUGCAAAAUACUAUUCAUUUUCAUGUUUCUUUCUGCUCGGGAUUUGGGACUCGUCUUUGGAGUUUAUUACAGGGAAAGGAGCAUUUCAUCAUUUUAAACUCUCUACUCUAAUUAAGUAUUUCUUGUUAAGUAUAUUUCUAUAUUCUGUAGCUACUGGCAGCAAACUUUUGUGGUUAUAUGACGUUCAUUAUGACUCAGAUCUCACUCCCAGACUAAAAAUUUUGGGAUCCCUGGGAAUUGCUAUUUCCAUUUAUUAUCUUUCUAUUAAAAAGACUAUAUUAUUUAAGAAAAAGUACCAAUGGAUUUACAAACUCAGAAGUAAAUACUCCAUGGAUCCGUCCGUUUUCUGUUUCUUAAACUUGAUCCCCUCCAAGAAAACUUUUUGGAAGAUCCUUAAAAAAGACUCUUUUAAAUUACUUUCUUUUGUCCCUAUUACUACUUCUGGGAUCACUUACGUGCUUUCUGUAAAGUUACUGUUUGGCGCCUUCGAAUCUUUCUUAACAGUACUUUUCGUUUCUCCCACCUUAACUCUCUUCAUAAUGAACAUCCCACAGACUUUUUCUCAUAUUUAUACUCUUUAUAUGAAGGAAAAAAAACAAGAUUUUUUUUUUACGUCAACUAAUAAUUGA